AUGGCUGUCCCUAUUUUCACCGUGAAAGUGCAUAUCAGUUGCUGUUCAAGAUGUACGCAGAGAGCCAAGGAAAAGUUGCAGAAAAUCAAAGGGGUGAAUUCCAUCACCAUCGACACAGCAAAAGAUUUGGUGAUCGUUUCCGGCAGUGUUGAGCCUGCGGUAAUUCUAGAGAAGUUCGCUGAGUGGGGGAAAAAGGCAGAACUUUUUUCCUUUCAAAAAGAACCCAUGGAGAGUGGCGGUGGCCACGACAAGGAUAAAACUAAUUUGAAUAAAAAUUAUUAUAGGAAGAGUGAUUCGGUUCCCGGCGCAGUACCCGCCAACAGGUUUUUGCAUGAUAACCCUAACAUGUACGUCGCGAGAGACAGCAAGAAGGGUAAAUGGUGUUGGCUUGGUAAAAUAAUAUUCGGAAACAAACCGAGGGCUAGAUCUUUGGUUGCAAAAGCUCAUGCUGACAAUAAGUGGCAGGCUCCAAGGAUACCUAUGAAUGAAUUUGGAUCAUCAAAGCCAAUAUAUGGAAACCAAUUAGCUAUGCAUGGAUUUGGAUCCUCACAGCCAUUUUAUGGUAGCCAAUUACCUAUGGAUCAAUUUGGAUCCUCGAGACCAUUUAAUGGAAGCCAUUUCAAUAGACCAUCGAUGGAUGGAAGACCAAGACAACCGGUGCCUCCACAACCAAUGUAUAUGCCAAGGCCACCAUUCUUACCCCCAUAUGGGGGGAUGCAGGGGGCGGCAGCUGCACCGUCGCACUCGGUCAAUCCCAUGAUCCACUACACAAGUUAUGACGAUAAUUAUCGUCAUUGGUGA